AUGCCUGACAACAUAGAAGAUUACCACAUUCAAGAUGAGGUGCUACGGCAUAGUCUUGAAGAUCCUGAACAAUUCUGGAGACACCAGGCUGAGCAACUUCACUGGCACAAGCCAUUCUCUUCAACUAUCCAACUGACGCAAAAAACAUUAAGGAGUGGCAUCACGCACGACAGCUGGGAGUGGUUUCCAGACGGCGAGAUAUCUACUUGCUACAACUGCGUCGAUCGACAUGUGCUCGAUGGUCAUGGUGACUCUGUCGCCAUAUACUUUGAUAGUCCUGUGGCAAAUACCAAGGAAAAGUACACCUACCGUCAGCUACUUCAUGAAGUGGAAACACUCGCUGGUGCCUUGAGGGAGCAAGGCAUAAAUAAGGGAGAUGUUGUAAUGCUGUAUAUGCCCACGAUUCCUGCUGCAGUCAUAGGUAUCCUUGCUGCAAACCGCCUUGGCGCUAUUCACUCUAUUGUCUUUGGCGGCUUCGCCCCUUUUGCGCUUGCCCAACGUAUCGAUUCAUGCCAUCCAGUUGCUAUCCUGACGGCUUCUUGUGGCAUCGACGGCAACAAACCCCCAAUUGCAUACAAGCCUCUGGUGGAAGAAGCAAUACGAUUGGCUACACAUAAACCAAAAGACAUCAUUGUUUGGCAAAGGGAUCAGCUGAGAUGGGAUAUCAACACCAGUUCUGGUCAGCUGGACUGGAAGGCUCUUACCGAAAAGGCACAAUCUCAAGGAAUCAAGGCAGACUGUGUCCCUGUCAAGAGCACCGAUCCUGUCUAUAUCAUUCACACCUCUGGCACAACUGGAACUCCCAAAGGCGUACUACGUGACGCCGGCGGCCAUGCAGUUGGCCUGCAUCUUUCCAUCAGCUACCUAUUUCAUAUCACCGGGCCUGGUUGUGUUUCCUUCACUGCCUCCGAUAUUGGCUGGAUUGUCGGCCAUUCGUAUAUUAUCUAUGGUCCUCUUCUUACCGGCGCUGCAACUGUCUUAUACGAGGGGAAGCCUGUCGGUACACCUGAUGCAUCUGCGUUCUGGCGGAUAGUUGAUGAGUACAAGGUCAACACCAUGUUCACUGCACCGACAGCUCUUCGUGCCAUCAGACGCGUUGACCCAUAUAGCCAGAUGUUUAUCGACUAUGGAAAACGAGGGGCUCUCAGGAGUCUAAGAGGUCUCUUCCUCGCUGGAGAACGCUCUGAGCCUACUCUUAUUGAGAGUUACCAGAAGCUUAUGACACAGUAUUGUGCUGAAAAUGCCCAAGUAGUCGAUAAUUGGUGGUCGACUGAAGUCGGCUCUCCUAUCACUGGGCGGGCACUCGUCCCACACGCUGGGAAAGAUCGAAGAACAGAAGUUCGAGGGCAUCAGCCUCCUUGUUUGAGAGCGGGUAGUGCUGGGAAAGCGAUGCCAGGCUUUGACGUUCGUAUUGUUGAUGAUGAAGGUGUCGAAGUGGAAAGGGAAUCUAUGGGAAAUAUCGUUCUAGCGAUGCCGCUUGCUCCAACAGGCUUCCGGACUUUAUGGCAGGAUGAAGAGCGGUUUUGGAAGGGUUAUCUGAAGAGAUUCGAUGGUAAAUGGCUGGAUACUGGCGAUUCAGGCUGGAUCGAUCGACAAGGCUAUAUUCAUGUGAUGGCGCGAAGCGACGAUGUGCUAAAUGUCAGUGCACAUCGUCUUUCCAGCGGAUCCAUUGAGCAAGCUAUUGCCACUCAUCCGCGCGUUGUUGAGGUUUGCAUCAUCGGUAUACCUGACUCGCUUAAAGGCCAAUUGCCCUUCGCCUUUGUGACACUCUCGGGACAGGUCGCUUCAGACCCAGCAGUCCCAAACCAGAAAGUCGUCAAAGAAAUUCAACAAUUAGUACGCGGCCAAGUCGGUGCCAUAGCUUCCUUGGGUGGCAUCAUCCAAGGCAAGUGCAUGAUUCCGAAAACACGAUCCGGCAAAAUGCUCCGGCGUGUACUUAAAGAGAUGGCGGAAAACGCAAUCCGCGGCGAAUUUGAGAAAGAGGUUAUGGUACCCAGCACAAUCGAGGACUUGGCCACCUUGGAUGUUGCUCGUGCCAAAAUUAGCGAGUACUUUGGGCAGGCCGAAGCUAGAGAUGCUGAGGAUGCCAUGGUCAAGGCUCGUCUAUAG